UGGAGCAACUCAUCUUUGAACAUAGAAUUUCAAUUCAAGAGACGAAGCAACGAACAAGCCAUCAACGCAGAAAGAGAAGUCCAACAACCUACAGCCGAGAAGGGAGCGACGGGCAGAGGAGGAUUAACCUUCUCCACCCAGGUACAGGUUCCAACUGAUCACCAAGGAUCACUCUUUUGUUCGCCCUGCCAUCAGAGACUGCACUGAACAGAGACUUUGCGGACUUUGGACAAAGUCGGGAGUUUCAACAGCAACCAACAGUACGGCAGAGUCACUGCAGGCUGUUCAUCAACAUGGAGCUCAAACUGCUGGUUACUGCUGUGCUGACGGCCUUAAUGCAUACAGGAAUCUACGCACAGUCAGAUGUUUGUGGCUCUGCUCCGCUCAACAAGCUCGGCACCAAGAUCGUAGGAGGGGAGGGCGCUGCUGCCGGGUCGUGGCCCUGGAUGGCCAGUCUGCAACAUAACAGCGAACAUUUCUGUGGAGGAUCCCUGAUCAACAACCAGUGGGUCCUGACUGCUGCUCACUGCUUAAACAGCACCAGCACAUCCGAUCUCAUCGUUUACCUUGGAGGUAAUGCCGCUGUAGACCCAAACCCUAACGCGGUGUACCGGACGGUGUCCCAGAUAAUCAACCAUCCGAACUACAAUAAUGAAACGAACAACAAUGACAUAUCAUUGUUGCGUCUGUCCUCACCUGUAAAAUUCACCGACUACAUCAGACCGGUGUGUCUGGCGGCGAACGGCAGCGUCUUUGAGGCCGAGACGACCUGCUGGGUCACCGGAUGGGGAGAUAUCGCAGAAAACAUUUCUCUUCCUUUUCCAGACUGGUUGCAGGAGGUGAGUGUUCCCAUCGUGUCCAACAGUCAGUGUGCCACUGCGUACAACGAAAUCAGUAAUAUCACCAACAACAUGAUGUGUGCCGGUCUGGACGAGGGAGGAAAGGACUCCUGCCAGGGGGAUUCAGGCGGCCCGUUGGUGACUAAGACCGUCUCUAAGUGGGUCCAGGCUGGAGUGGUGAGUUUUGGAAAAGGCUGUGCUCAUCCCAAAUACCCUGGAGUCUACACCCGAGUGUCCCAGUACCAGUCCUGGAUCAACAGCCACAUCACCAACAACCAGCCAGGCUUCGUCACCUUCUCUGGAGCUGCUCGCCUGGCUUACGUCCCAGUGUCUCUGGUGCUGUCCAUCUUCUCUCUGUUCAUUUGAAAGCUAAUGAUUUUUUUAAAUAAUUAAUAAUAAUUUUCUUUAUUAUUUAUUAUAUCAUUAGUUCCCAUGAAACUGUUAUUUGCAUCCUCAUAUUUACGUGUUUCCUGUAAGAACUUGCUGAUAUUGAUGCCGACAGAGGACAGGUUGAAGACAGGGACUACAGUACCAAGGUGGUUUAGCUCCUGGCAGCCGAGGGUUGAGCAGCUAGCUGCAAGGCCAACCUGGCUAACUUGCUAACGUUGGCCAUCAGGAAAUUCUGUUGCACAAUGUCCCGUACUGUAGUUCCCAGAGAAAACUGAUCAUUUCUGGUUCCAACUUUUCAGUUUUUGUUUGUUUUUGGCACAAAUGCACCAAACGAUUCAAAAGUAGGUGCUUGAACCUGAACAGAGACAGUUGCCAUCAGACUGUCUGCCAGUCAGAGUAUCUACGAACUGGGUCACAUACUGGAGUAAAAACAUUUUGACUUACCUUUGUUUAUGUUUGUUUGAUCGAUACAGUUUGGUUCAUGAAUGUAUUAAUUAUCCAGUCUGAUGUAUCACAGCAUUUAUAACCAGAGAUCAUUUUCAUUUUAAACAUAAAAUAUGUAAAAGGACAGUGAAACUAUGUGGUUGGUUUUAUUGACCCUGCAGGAACAGCAGUAAGACUCACAGACAUAUUCCCCACAGAUACACAGGAACACAUGAUAUUGAUCUGCUGUUAAACAUUCAAACAAGUCUAAUUUUAAAUCAAUGUUAGUUUGUUUUAAUAUCAACAGAUUUCAUGGGAACUUUAAAAUUGCUUUAGUUAAUUAAUUAGUUUCUUGAAGAUGCUAUUUAAAACACUUUAGUGUUUAAUAUUAAAACUGUUUAAUAUGUUUAAUUGGGGCUGAAAAUAAUGAUUGUUUUUAUUUUUUAUUUCUUAACUAAUAAUUGUAAAACUUCUAAUACCUUAUUGAUUCAACCAACAGAGAUUAUUCUCAUGUCAGGGUUAGAGUUUCUCUUACACAUUAUAAUCCAAGAAACAAAUCAAUAAUCAAUAAUCAGUAAACCAAGCUGUGCAUAAAGGUAGAAAUGUAAUCAAAUGACUCAAACAAUAAACUGUCAGUAACACAUGA